UCCCCUGGCAAGCCACACUUUGGGUUCCGACUCCAGAUGAGCAAGCCCACGGCCGUCUCGUGGGGAGUUUUCUUGCUGUAUCGUUUUCUCUGUUAGCUUGUUGCGCACACUCAAGGACUCCUCUUCCGCAGAGGAGUGGAGACGCCCGAGGAGGCGGGGUCGGGCUCUAACCCAGACUGGGUGAACCCGGAGGUGAAAGGGAUCCGGUGACCGCUGGGCUGAAAUGUAGUGGAUCACAGAAGGUUCCGACUUCAACGCUGAGAUGAAUCGUCACCUAGUUACCUGGCUUUUUAGACAUCUGUCUCUUAAUGGUCACCUCCAGUGCCACGUCCAUCACCAUUCUCAUCAGCUUACACAGAGCCCUCUUGACACAAGGCUGUGGGUCUUUAGGCGAAACAGGAAUCACGUUCUCCAUCAUCUGUUAAAUAAGAAUUGCUCCAGGAGAUACUGUCAUCAAGAUACCAGCAUGCUCUGGAAGCAUAAAGCACUACAAAAAUAUAUGGAGGACCUGAGUAAGGAGUACCAAACACUUGAUCAUUGUUUGCAACACAUCUCUGCCAGUGAAGGGGACCGGAGGUCCUUGACUCGAAGGCAUGCUGAGCUGGCCCCGCUUGCGGUCAUUUACAAAGAAAUUCAGGAGGCUGAACAAGCCAUUGAAGAAUUAGAAUCAAUGUGUAAAAGUCUGAAUAAACAAGAUGAAAAACAGCUACAAGAACUUGCAUUGGAAGAGAGGCAAACCAUUGCUCAGAAAAUCAACAUGUUAUACAGUGAGCUUUUCCAGAGUCUACUGCCAAAGGAGAAAUAUGACAAAAAUGAUGUUAUUUUAGAAGUGACAUCUGGAAGAACGACUGGAGGUGAUAUCUGCCAACAAUUUACCCGAGAAAUAUUUGAUAUGUACCAGAAUUAUUCAAGCUACAAACACUGGAGAUUUGAACUUCUGAAUUAUACACCAGCUGAUUAUGGUGGGCUACAUCACGCAGCGGCCCGAAUUUCCGGUGAUAACGUCUAUAAGCACUUGAAGUACGAAGGUGGGAUUCACCGGGUUCAGCGAAUCCCCGAGGUGGGCCUGUCAUCCCGGAUGCAGCGGAUUCACACGGGGACGAUGUCGGUGAUCGUCCUCCCCCACCCAGAUGAGGUAGAUGUGAAAGUAGACCCUAAGGACUUGCGAAUAGAUACAUUUCGAGCCAAAGGAGCAGGAGGGCAGCAUGUUAAUACAACUGAUAGUGCUGUCAGAGUUGUCCACAUCCCCACAGGACUCGUAGUGGAAUGCCAGCAAGAACGAUCACAGAUAAAAAACAAAGAAACAGCUCUGCGUGUGUUGAGAGCGAGACUCUACCAGCAGAUUAUUGAGAAAGACAAGUGCCAGCAACGAAGUGUGAGAAAACUGCAGGUGGGAACAAGAGCCCAGUCAGAGAGAAUCCGGACAUAUAAUUUCACCCAGGAUAGAGUCACUGACCACAGGAUAGCGUAUGAAGUUCGUAAUAUUAAGGAAUUUUUAUGUGGGGAGAAGUGCUUGGAUCAGCUAAUUCAAAGACUGCUUCAAUCAGCGGAUGAAGAAGCCAUUACUGAAUUUUUGGAUGAAAACCUUAAAUUAGUCAAAUAAAGUGUGAUUUAUAAUUUAUUAUUAUAGAAAUGAAAUGGGCCUACAUCAAGAAGCACACUGAAGCAAGGAAGUCUUUAUGAAAGUUGAUAAAGUGCAGCUAAAAGUACACAAUACUCACAAAAAUAUUUUUUUAAUGAAUCAAGUCAUGUUUCUUGACCUAAGAGUUUAAGUUUCCUGUAAAGUACAGUCCAACUCUUCAUGUAGAACCGAAGUAUGCAUCGUUGGAAAAAGAAAGUAUUGAGAAUUGACUAUGUGAUUUAGAGCAGAUCAUUUGUUCUCUGUAUAUACCUUUUUUUUUUAACCAUCUAUAAAUUAAUUUAAAUACAUUUUAAAUCUUCAGGACUUUGCCCAUGGUAAAAUCUAGUGAUAUAAACUUACAGACUUCCUUAAAGACAAAGUACCAUUAUUCAUGUCGGUGUUAGGACUUAAACUACUACUUUUAAAUAAAAAAACAAAUAAAAGUUGUGAAGAAUAUGAGUCAAUAAUGGUGAGCACUAGUAUACAGACGGUCACGCCCUGUAAGAGCUGAAUGAACUCUGUACUGUGCCAACUACAAGUCAAUAUUUAAAGCAGACUCUCUGGCUUCCGUUUCUUAUUGUUCUGAAUAAAUGUUCACAAAUGUGGUGUAAUAUGA